AUGGGACACCCCGAGCAACUGCAGGAUGGUGGAGCGCCGCAGACAUUACAAGCAUCGCUCAAAGUCCCGGAGACUGGAACAAAAGCCGGAACUCAUCUGCGAACCGAUUCCGCAACCUCACGAAGCUACUCGUUUCUAGACAUAUACCAAGCGGAUUCGCCUGAUUCUGGGUCUGUGAAGGGCGCGCCGGUUGAGGCCGUUGAUGUAUCGCAAUUGGAGGAUUUGGGACUCACAAACGGCACAAAAAGCACCAUAUCUAAUCGGCCGGUCACAUCGGUUCCGAGUGUGAAUGUCGCUGACCGAGUAGAGUCUGUGGACAAGAGCCGGCUCAGUGUGCUCCAGGCUUCACCGUACGACAUAUAUGGGUUCAAGAAAGACUCGACAUUGUUUGAUAUAUCCAAAGAUACUUACAAUCAAUGGUUUGAGCCGUAUGCCGAGUCGAUUAUACGGAAGAAAAAGAAGUGGUUGGGGGUCCUUAAGGACAAUGGAUUGCAUGCUGACGAGGAUAUUGUACCAACACGGUUCCCGCCCAAAUCAGACAAGGUGAAGAAGUUGAUUCGAAGAGGUAUACCGCCGGAAUGGAGGGGCCAAGCAUGGUUUUUCUAUGCGGGAGGAAAUGAAAAACUCAACAAACAUAUUGGUGUGUACGACCAGAUCGUCAAGGACACCAAGGAAGUGCAUAAUAAAGACACAGAGGUCAUAGAACGGGAUUUAAACCGCACUUUCCCUGAUAACGUUUACUUUGCGAGACCAACCGGAGCCAAUGCUCCAGCCGAAUCUGAAAUGAUUUCUUCUCUUCGGCGGGUUCUUGUGGCAUUUGCCCACUACCAGCCCCAAAUAGGGUACUGUCAAUCGCUCAACUUCCUCGCUGGACUCAUGCUUAUCUUUAUGAGUGAAGAACGAGCGUUUUGGCUUUUAGUCAUUUUAACCGAACGAAUCAUCCCCAAGGUACACUCGACAGACCUUGAAGGCGUCCACACAGACCAGGGGGUGUUAAUGCUAUGCAUAAAGGAGUAUAUACCCUCGCUUUGGCAAAUACUCGGCAAAAACUUUGAAGGUGAACGAUUACCAGAAGACAAGAUUCUCACUCGACUUCCACCAAUAACUUUGGUUACAUCUUCUUGGUUCAUGUCGGUGUUUGUCGGUACCAUGCCCAUUGAGAGCGUGCUCCGGGUAUGGGAUAUACUUUGGUACGAAGGUUCAAAAACCAUCUUUCGAAUUUCACUAACAAUAUGUCGAAUGUGUCUUGACAGUUCUUCAUUCGAUGCCUCUAACGGCAAGACGAGGGGAGCCGAAACCGAACAAAUCGAGUUGUUUCAGUACGUGCAAAACUUCCCCAAGUCUAUACUUGACCCGGACCAACUAAUAGAUGCAUGUUUUAAAAAGAUAGGAGGGUAUGGCUACGGAUCGUUAUCGCAAGACGAGAUUAACAAGUGCCGGGAAUUUGUUUCCAAACAGCGGUCCAAGCUUAAGCAGAAAAAAGAUUCCAUGAUAACUGCUCAAAUGAGCGAAGAGGAGAGCCAGGCACUUCGAGUUGCUGGCAUGGGAGACGAAGAAAUUCACGACGUUUAUGGGUUCCAUCGCUCGAUUAUGAGUGGUGUCAAAUGGAACCGAACAUUGAGCAACAGAAUGAGAAAGUUGAGUCGAAAAAGGUAA